AUGGUGUACAAGAUGCUGGCCUCCUUUGCCGGUAUUUCGGGCGCCAUGGGUGUCGGCCUUGGUGCCAUCGGUGCUCACGCUAUCAAGAACAAACUCAAUGCCCACCAGAUGGGAGCAUGGAACACAGCUACCCAGUACCAGCUCUUGCACAGUUUGGCGCUUCUUUACACAGUUAGCUUGCCCAAGACUGGACCCGUCGUCGCAGCCAGCUACGCUUUCGCUACUGGCAUCACUUUCUUCAGCGGUUCCAUCUAUGGUCUUUGCCUUACCAAGCCCGAGAACUCGAUCCGCAAAGUGCUUGGACUUAUCACUCCUCUCGGCGGUCUUUCCUUUGUUGCAGGCUGGCUCUUCCUUGCAUAUGCCAAGCGUCCUCGUUCUUGA